ACACUUUUUACAGGUUCUCCUUGCAUGGCUUGUGUUUCCCUCAUAUUAUGAGUGAAAAUGUGUAGUCAGCUGCAACUGAAGUCUUCUUUGAACAGAUAAUUCUGAAAAGUCAGACUGUGUAGCAUUUUUAGACAUUUCAAGAGGUGUGUUUGUAAUGACCUGGCCUUCUUGGCUUUAAUCUUUCUGCCUCAGUAAAUCUCUUGACCUUCAUUUUAUUGUUAAGGAAAGUGGGCUGCUCCACAGCAACAUUGUGAAAAAGCAUUAUAAUGUCACAUAACGAACACCUUGAAAAGCUGAUUGCCAAUUCAGUUUUCGUAUUGGGUUUUAGGUCGUGUAUGUGUGACUCUGUAUUGAGCAAAGAGGAAAAAAAAAAACCACCUUUGAAUCACUGCUCAGUCACUAGGAAUAACUGCCUCAUAUGAAAAUGUCAUGCGGUUAGGUAAUUAAAAACUGCAUUUUAAAAUGCACGAGCAGUCUGGCAGAGCUAUACAUACAGCCUCAGUUGUUUCAGUUCAUAAAUUUUGAGUCCUCUCAUUUGGACAUCUGAAGUUCUUUUCCAGGAGAUUUUUGUGGAACAGCCAAGUUAUCAAGGUGUCUGCCAGCUUCCUAGGUCUGGUAUUUCAGUAGCUUUCAAGUCCUUGCUGUAAUUUGAAACUGGGUUUAGACCUAGGAUUAGACAUGCCCUUGCCUUUGCUCUUAAACUGUUAAUUGCAAAGCAUAUCUGUCUGAAAUGUGUUAUGCUCCUAGCAGAUGUUUUUGCAGCAGAAAAAUAUGCACAUUCCUGCUGUGCUGAACAUCCUGACAGAGGAACUCUGUAUCUUGUCUGCUCUGAUCACCUUCCUUCCUUCAUCCUACUGAAGCUGCCCCUUCAAUGACUGUACUGAGCCAAAGGAUUCAGGGAGGAGGAAGAAGAGGAAUGAAUGUUUCUUGCUCCAGAUCUCUUCUUCCCAGGUGUUUUUAUUUGAGCAUGGCUCUUUCCUCAGUUCUCUUCAGUGGCUGAAGUUAAGCAUGAAGAGAUUUCCAUCUCUUCAAAUAUUGUUUUUGUGGUCUCUAAACCAUUUUGCGACUGCUUCUGAGAGGAGAAAGGAAGGUUCUGAAGUGCUUUCCCUCACACCAAGAAAGCAGUGCAGAUUUAGUAGGGGAAAAACUAUGGGUACAAAGGAGUUAGAGGUGUAGAAAUGAAUGGAAGAAGAAUAAGGAGGAAGAAAACAGUGUUUUGUGAUGAGAAGAUUGAAUGUGCAUGACGAUUCAUUAGAGGAGUUUGUGCUUGCUCAAACUUGAGUUAGUGUGCUUGGCUCACUAUCUGCUCUCGUACUAGAUUAGAAAUACUAUAGUGGAGGCUUUGAGGGGGAGAAAAGAAGGGUGACUAAUACAGAUUUUCUAGAAGAUGGGAUGCAAAUGCUGAGUUUUCUUCACAUUUGGAAUUUUUGGGAGGAUUGCAGAGCUUCUUUAUAAUGGGCAUUGUUGAAGUACACUUAUUCCGAAAACAGUCCCAGAUAGUUUUCUACAAGUCUGUUUAUAUGUGAAUGUGCCAUGAGUGUAGGGAUUGUCUUUAUAGUAGAGGGAACUGCUGUACAACUGCAUGUAUUUUCUACCAUCAGUGCUUCCCUGUUUACCCACCUAGUGGGUAUUGGAAUAAAGUAAGCCUAUUUAGUGACAAAACACAGAUUUAUCUUUUAUGGCAACAGAACCAAGGCAUGUACCUCUCCUCACCUCUCUGGUGCCUGAAUUUAUUUUGAAAUGCCUUCUCUGCUCACCUACCUGUGUUGAACUGCUGAGGAGGCAUCUGUGCAGUUGCUAACACAGCUGAGGUGAAUGGAAAGGUUGUGUUUGUGGGUAUGCUUCCUGAAGCAAUAAAACAACACCUUCCCUGAUGGUUCCAGCCAUGUGUCCACCACAUAUAUUCCUGCUGAUGAAGCUGUUGCUUUAUUUGCCUUGCUGAACAGGGAGCAUGCGUUGUUCCACUUGGGAAGUGUGUGCCAGACUGGAAGGAAGUUCAAAUUUCCUGAAUUUGAAUAAAUUACUGAAUAAAUGUCAGCAUAAAAUGUUGAUAAGGAAUGGUAACAAAACAAUAAAAAGUGUUUCCAUCUUCCCCCACCCCAAACCUUUGAGGACCUAGAUUCUGCCAACAUUUUGAAUCUGAAUUAGACCUAAAGGCUUGGGAGAGUCAUCAGCAGAGGGCUAGUAGCCUUGGUGAUCUUGAGAGGUAGAGAAAUGUUGCUGGCCUGUCUACUCAGAUGGCUGCUUGAUAUUAAUUCCGUUGUCUUGGAGGCCACCAGUCAGGACCCGUUCCAGGAGCUGACACUAGGACUUAUCUGCCUCAGUGAAGAGGAUGAUGGAGACAGCAGAUUUAGAUGAGGAGUCCUCAGCUGGUAUUGAGAACCUGCCGUUUGAAUUGCAGAGAAACUUCCAGCUUAUGCGAGAUCUGGAUCAGAGGACAGAAGACCUCAAGUCAGAGAUCGAUAAGUUGGCCACAGAGUAUAUCAGCAAUGCACGGACUUUGUCUUCGGAGGAAAAACUGGGGCUUCUCAAGCAAAUCCAGGAGGCCUAUGGGAAAUGCAAGGAGUUUGGGGACGACAAGGUCCAGCUGGCUAUGCAGACCUACGAGAUGGUUGAUAAGCACAUCCGGCGGCUGGACACAGACCUCGCUCGCUUUGAAGCAGACCUGAAGGAGAAGCAGAUAGAGUCGAGUGACUAUGACAGUUCUUCCAGCAAGGGCAAGAAGAAGGGCCGAGCCCAGAAAGAGAAGAAAGCUGCCCGUGCUCGCUCUAAAGGGAAGAACUCUGAUGAGGAAGCACCAAAAACUGCCCAAAAGAAAUUGAAGCUUGUCCGCACUAGCACAGAGUAUGGGAUGCCUUCAGUCACCUUUGGAAAUGUGCACCCUUCAGAUGUAUUGGAUAUGCCUGUGGACCCCAAUGAGCCUACUUACUGCCUCUGCCACCAGGUCUCCUAUGGGGAGAUGAUCGGCUGCGACAACCCUGAUUGUUCCAUUGAAUGGUUUCAUUUUGCCUGUGUGGGUCUGACAACAAAACCAAGAGGAAAAUGGUUCUGCCCUCGCUGUUCCCAGGAGAGGAAGAAGAAGUAAAAUCCCACGAGCCCUCAGUACUGCUGCAGGAGCUCUCUUCCCCCUGCCAGGGCCUCGUCCCAGCUCCCCCAGCCCUUGGGGCCUUGGCUGGGGGGAGUCUUUACCUUUUUGUGGUUUGGGCCAUCCCUGGAAUGGUGUGUACCCUCACGGCGGUUCCUGUGUGUUCUGUAUCCCUGGUUGCUCCAAAACCCUAAAGGAAGCCCUCUCUGUACUAUUCCAAACAGGUCUCUGAACCUCAAAGGGAAUGAAUGAGGGCACCAGGGUAGCCACCAGAUUCCCGGGGAUUCAGGUAGCCCCUGAUUUUCCUUGGCUUUCCUUCAAACUCCUCAAAGUUCAUUGCCUACUCUCUGCUUAGAGAACAAGGCUAUGGAAUGGGGGAAGGAAAGGAGGUAAGUCUUCAGCAUUUUAGGUCUUUGAUUUUCCUGGAUCUUUUCCAGGAGAGAGGGAGUAACCAGGCCACUUCUUAAUCUAGUGGGCUGGUUGAGAGACUGAAAAUCUAAUGUACUGCCUAUCUUUAACCAUUCCACUACUGGUAUUGAGCAGCCUCUUUUGUUGGGGAGAGGAGGAGGAGGAGGGAGUGUUUAGAGCUAGCUUUGUCUCUCUUAUUCCUGGGGUAAACUUGCUGGUCUGGGAAGUACAUUGUGUGAAGGAGGAAGAAUUUCUGACCACAUGGGUAGAAAUGGCUUGAUCUAGCCUGUCUUCUGGCUCCAAAAUUCUGCCUUCCUUUUGUGCAGUGGUGCUUCUCCAUUAUGUUGAUGAUGGGAAGUUUGGGGAUUCAGAUCCCACUUGUAUAAUACAGAAUUAAAUAAAAUUCAUUGAAACAAAUA